AAAGUGUUGUCAAUUGAUUGCAUUGAACGAAUCUAUGAUUUUUUAUGCCUGCACGUAACGAAAACAAAUAAUAGCAACUUCUAAAUGGAUGCCAGAUUGGAUAUGUUUGAGGACGUCAACACAUCGCCCUCCCUGGAGGGUGACAUGUCCAUACCGGGUAAACGGACUACAACAACAACAACAGCACAGCACGGUGUGCCCGAAUACAAUACCCUGGACGAGCCCAUACGCGAGACGGUGCUAAGGGAUAUGCGCGCCGUUGGCAUCAAGUUCUAUCAUGUGCUCUAUCCCAAGGAGAAGUCGAGUCUGCUGCGCGAUUGGGAUUUGUGGGGUCCAUUGGUGCUGUGCACAUUUAUGGCCACCAUACUGCAAGGCUCCUCGUCUGCCGACAGCAUGUCCGACAAUGGACCAGAAUUCGCACAGGUCUUUGUGAUUGUUUGGAUAGGCGCAGCCAUCGUAACGCUCAACUCCAAGCUCCUAGGUGGCAAUAUCUCGUUCUUUCAAUCGGUUUGUGUGCUCGGCUACUGCCUGACGCCCGUGGCGCUGGCUUUGAUCAUCUGUCGCAUCAUCUUGCUGUCGACGUCGACACGUUUUCUCUUCUUUCUACGCUUUGUGACCACAACGCUCGGCUUUGCCUGGGCCACAUAUGCAUCGUUCAUAUUUCUGGGCCAAAGUCAACCGCCGCAUCGCAAGCCGCUUGCCGUGUAUCCCAUAUUUCUGUUUUUCUUCGUCAUAUCAUGGCUAGUCCUGUCCCAUAAUUAGUUAUUAGCUUAAGUUUAUUAACUGAACCGCAACUUUCCAUAGCAUAACCAAAUCGAUUGUAAAUUAAUGUAUUUAAUUUGAGAAAUU